AUGCCAUCAUCUCGAGGCCAAAAACACGAAACUUUCAGUGCCGGGUCCCCCACGUGCCCCCGCAUGGAUCGUCGCCACUCGUCGCAGCCAUCGACGGUGUCGAGCUCGAUGGGUGGGGUGGACAUCUGCCGUAUUUGCCACUGCGAGGGGGACGCAGAGCUGCCUCUCAUCUCCCCUUGCUACUGCGCCGGUUCCUUGCGCUACGUACACCAGUCCUGCCUCCAGCAAUGGAUCAAAAGUUCGGACACACGAUGCUGCGAACUCUGCAAGUUCCAGUUCAUCAUGCACACUAAAAUUAAGCCUUUUAGGAAGUGGGAGAAGCUGGAAAUGUCGCCCGUGGAGCAGCGCAAAGUUCUAUGUUCCAUAACUUUCCAUGUGGUAGCCAUAACGUGCGUUGUCUGGUCACUUUAUGUGCUAAUUGAGCGGACAGCGGAGGAAAUGCGUUCAGGUGUUUUGGAGUGGCCUUUCUGGACCAAGCUUAUCGUCGUCGCCAUCGGGUUCACGGGUGGUCUUGUCUUUAUGUACGUCCAGUGUAAAAUGUACGUACAACUUUUCAAGCGGUGGCGGGCCUUCAACCGGAUCAUUUACGUGCAGAACGCCCCUGAAAAAUGCUGCCAGCAACAAGCCGUGUAUUCCGCUGCCACAGAACUGAGUGCGAACAUGCUUGCCAAGAGCGAGGAAAAGCGAUUUUCCCCUGAGGACGAAGAAUUUCAUAGCUGUCAAAGUGGUAGUAGCAGUAGUAGCAGUAGCAGCGACAGUGUUAACGAAAGCGGUGGUCCCGGUGGUGACGGCGGUGGGCCUGGUGGUCGACAGGACACAGCUAAUAACACCCCCAGCGCCAACGCCAAUACUGCUGAGACUGGAUCUACCAAAACAACCUUAACAUCUGUAACAGACAGUGUGCCGGCUAACGAUGAUAUCAACCAUCCACCAACUGGCCAUCUGCUGAGUGAGGUUGUUGUCGUGUCAACGUAUGAGGAUGAUCUUCCUCUCCCUCCACCUACUUCGGUGGUUAGGGAUGUCGUUCCUUGCACUGGAGAUGAAGCAUCUAUGAGGGACGUAUUUCUCUCCAGGCAACUGCAACAGACAGCUAGCUGAGAAUAGAGCCCAUCUAAACUCAUUUGAUAAAGAAAUAAACUAUUAAUGCCUGAUUGAUUUUUUUGCACGUCGAUGCCAAUUAUCGGGCUACACAACUUCUGCCUUAAUGUGAUUGAUCUGCUUUUUUUAAUCUAGUCAGAGAAAUGCCACAAUCAGUGCAUAGCCUAAAAUAAAUGUAGUUUUUUUAAGUUACA